GAUUCAGAAGAAUUGAGAAUGAAGGGGAGUCCAAUCUCUGGGGGCAGUCUUACACAAAGUCCUGUGGUGAAAAAUCUACCUGAGCAGGUUCUAGGGUUUUUUUUGAAAGGCUGUCUGGGGUCUGGAGUUUUUGUCUUGACCCAUCUCUUUGCCAAAAAUGGUAAUGUAUGAAAUCUGAAAUAACUGAGGAUUCAAAGCUUCAAGCUUCCAAACAUAUGGAUGUAUUAAGCAAUGCAUGCCAAUUGUAAAGCAAAUUGGGGCCAGUUGGUACUGGACCCUAAAUACAGAGAGACAGAUUUUUAUGCAUUGAAAGCAAACAAUUGACAGGAUAUAAACCAGGACACAAGAUUAGGUAAACUAAGAAGAAGCCAUGAACCUUCCAUCAAAUGACUGGAGCUGUUGGGCUUUAAUAUCAAUUUGUUGCUUAUUUUGGAGAGUGAGUGGAUCAAACCCAGCUAUGAAUUCUAGGCCUAAUAUUGUACUCUUCAUGGCAGAUGACCUUGGCAUUGGAGAUUUAGGUUGCUAUGGUAAUAAUACAAUGAGCACCCCUAAUAUUGACCGCCUUGCUAGAGAAGGGGUAAAACUCACUCAGCAUCUAGCAGCAGCUUCAAUGUGCAGUCCAAGCAGAGCUGCCUUCCUGACUGGCAGAUACCCCAUCAGAUCAGGUAUGAGUUCUUCCUUCAAUAUGAAUCGUGCCAUUCUUUGGCUUGGUGGUUCAGGAGGUCUUCCAACAAAUGAAACCACGUUUGCCAAGAUGCUUCAACAACGUGGUUAUAGGACUGGAUUGAUAGGAAAAUGGCAUCAAGGUUUAAGUUGUGCCUCCCGAAAUGACCACUGUUAUCAUCCACUAAACCAUGGGUUUGAUUACUUUUUUGGAAUGCCUUUUACUCUCCUGAAUGAAUGUCAAGCAACAAAAACACCGGAGAUACACAGAGCUCUCAGAAUCAAGCUCUGGAUUUCCAGUGUGGCUCUUGGCCUUGUGCCCCUCUUACUUCUCAUUCCCAGAUUUGCUGGAUGGUUCAAAGUCCCAUGGACUGUUGUUAUCAUCACUGCUCUUGUGGCCUUCUUGUUUUUCACCACUUGGUAUUCUAGUUAUGGAUUCAUUCGUCGUUGGAAUUGCAUCCUUAUGAGAAAUCAUGAGAUUAUUCAACAACCUAUGAAAGAAGAAAAAGUGACUUCUCUGAUUUUGAAAGAGGCUCUUUCAUUUAUUGAAAAGUACAAACAUGGGCCCUUUCUUCUCUUUGUGUCCUUUCUUCAUGUGCACAUUCCACUUGUAACUAAAGAGAAGUUUGUGGGGCGCAGUAAAUAUGGACUAUAUGGGGACAAUGUAGAAGAAAUGGAUUGGAUGGUAGGCAAAAUUCUUGAUGUUAUCGACAAGGAAUAUUUGAGAAAUAACACACUUGUAUAUUUUACUUCUGACCAUGGAGGUCGUUUGGAGUCUCAGGAAGGAAAAUCCCAGCUUGGUGGUUGGAAUGGAAUGUACAAAGGAGGCAAAGGAAUGGGAGGCUGGGAAGGGGGAAUUCGGGUGCCAGGAAUAUUUCGAUGGCCAAUGAUCCUUCCAGCUGGUGGAGUGAUUAAUGACCCUACAAGUCUCAUGGAUAUUUAUCCAACAUUGUCUUAUGUGGCUGGAGCAAUAUUGCCACUAGACAGAGUGAUUGAUGGCAAGAACCUGAUGCCUUUACUACAAGGUAGAGUUUUUCAGUCAGGACAUGAAUUCCUUUUCCAUUACUGUGGAAUAUACUUACACACAGUACGGUGGCAUCAAAAAGACUGUGAUACAGUGUGGAAGGCUCAUUAUGUGACUCCAAAAUUUCAGCCAGAGGAAGGCAGAGCCUGCUAUUGGAGUGGUCUUUGUCCAUGUUCAGGGGAUGUCAACUACCAUGACCCUCCUUUGCUGUUUGAUAUUUCAAGGGACCCUUCUGAAGAGCAUCUUCUUACUCCUGAAAAUGAAGGGCUUUUUGACGCAGUGAUAAAGAAAAUGGAAGAGGCGGUGAAAGAGCACCGGAGAACAUUGAUGCCCGUCCCACAGCAGUUCUCUGUAUUCAACACCAUCUGGAAACCAUGGCUCCAACCUUGCUGUGGGACUUUCCCAUUUUGUGGUUGUGAUAAGGAAGAUGACACUCUACCUACUGGCCUAUGAGGAAACCAAGCUGCUGGUUACUAGGAUCUGCUUUACAUAUUAUUUGAAAGUUAAAAUAAGCAUAUAUGAAACAAAUUAACAGCUUAUUUUCGUUUGGAAUCUGAAAGAAUGGCUUUAGGAGCCUUUUCCUUUGUCUAUUAUUUUUCUUUUUUUUUUCUCCAAGGAGUUCAAUAAAUCAAUUUUUUUCAGUAUAGUAAACCCAAUUUAAAACAUUUUGUUAAGUUCUAACUUUAAAAUGUCAACAAAGCAUUACAUAUCAGGACUUGGUUCAAGAUGACACUUUGAGAAAUCUUUUAAUUCUAUCAACAUUGCUUAUACUUGUAAUAUCUCAAUUUUAAAGUUUAAAAGUAUUUUCUCUAGCAACUUUUGCUUGCAAUUUACAACAUGUUUAGUUUUACAUGAUCUGCUCAAUUUAGUAGCAAAUAAUAAUUAGGAUUCAAUUUCCAUUUGAAACUCAAGAUAUUUACCAGUCCAGUGACUGACAUGAAGGAAAGGCAGGGAGUGGCACUCGUAUUCUUUGGAAGUCAAAAUUCUGCUAUUCUAGUCUCAGCACAUGAAAACCACUCCAGACUAUUCCACCAGAUUCCUGUGCAUCUGUUUACCUGUUUUCAUGGUUUUAUCACCUUUCUCCCUUCUUUCUGUCUUUGAUGUCUUCUUUUCCUUCUCUUUCUUAUUCCCUGUCUCUGUGU